AUGGAUGCCCAGACCUUCCAUUUCGUCAAUGGCAGCAGCCCUUUAUCUGUCUCUCCCCACCAUAUCCUUCCUCAAGACAAAAGACCAAACCUAAACCAACCACCCCUUUUGUCUUCGGUUCCUGUCAUCGACUUGAUGGAGGAACCGUGCUCGUUAGUUGUCGACAAAAUCUCGAAAGCUUGUGAGGAAUAUGGCUUCUUUCAGAUCAUCAACCAUGGUGUACCCCAUGAAUUAUGCGACAGAAUGUUGGCCGUUCUCACUGCUUUCUUUGAACUUCCACCUCAAGAAAAGGCACCGUUUUUAGCAACGGAUCAAACCCAGCAAGUGAAGCUGUUCAAUUACUAUGUUAAAAGUGAUGGCCAAAAGAAAGUUUCCAUGUGGAGUGAAUGCUUUGCUCACCCUUGGCAUCCAUUGGAUGAUAUCCUCCAUCUUUUACCCCAAAAUCCUCCUCAAUACCGAGAGGUUAUUGUUGAAUAUGGAAAGGAGAUUUAUGUUCUAAUGAAAAGGCUAUUGAGCUUGAUAUCUCAAGGACUCGGACUCGAAAACGAUUGUCUCGAGACGAAGAUCGGCGAGAAGCCGGCGUUUCGAGCACAGGGGAACUACUACCCACCAUGUCCGGACCCUGAACUUACAUUGGGACUAAAUGUUCACACUGAUGUGAGUGCACUCACAAUCGUUAGGCAAUUGGAAGGGGUAACUGGACUACAAGUGAUCAAAGAUGGAAACUGGGUUCAAGUUGAACCAAUCCCCAAUGCAUUUGUCAUCAAUAUCGGCGAUCAGAUUCAGGUACUGAGUAAUGGAAGGUUCAAGAGUGUGCACCACAGGGCAGUGACGAACAAAACUCGAAAACGAGUUUCGAUAGCGACGUUCUACACUCCGGAUAAAGAUACAAUUAUCGGUCCUAUACGGGAUUUGAUUGAUGAGCAGCAUCCUCCUCUAUAUUGGGAAUAUCGUUUCUCAGAGUUCCUUGAAGAAUUCUUUAAACAAGAAGGAACAAGACGGAUGGUCAAAGAAACUUUUGAGUUGAAAGUUUAAAAAUGCCUCAAAUUGUUAUAUUCCAAUGUGUUGAGAAACUAUCUUCAUUGGCUGAAA